AUGAUGGUUGGAUAUACGAAGGAAAAUAGCAGCCUUGUGGUGAUUGGGCUGAGUGUGCAUACUACACCGGUGGAGUUGCGUGAGAAACUUGCUAUACCAGAAGUUGAAUGGCCAAGAGCCAUUGGUGAGCUUUGUGGUUUGAAUCAUAUUGAAGAAGCAGCUGUUCUUAGUACGUGUAACAGAAUGGAGAUUUAUGUUGUUGCACUUUCUCAGCAUCGUGGUAUCAAAGAAGUCACUGAAUGGAUGUCAAGUUGCAUAUUCUGGAAUAUUAGAGGAAUUGCAAAUGCCUCUUCCAGACUUGCUCUCAAAAGAUUAAUUUCUGUUAACAAUCUAGACUUGGUUUUGGUAGCAGAACCUUGGAUGGACUUUUCUAAAUUCCUUCAAACUUGGCUUAAGAAGCUCAACCUUAAGCUAUUUGCCAUGAAUUAUACGCAUGAUCUUUUGCCUAACUUAUGGUGCUUUUGUAAGUCUAAUAUCACCCCUACUGUUUUGUUGAGAGAUAGUCAACAUGUCUCCUUCACUAUUGUUGAUAACAAUAAAGUUUUUGGAUACCCUUGGUGCUUUAUUGGGGACUUUAAUUCCAUUAUUGAGGCCGAGGAGUAUCAUGGUUCAAACACCCCUGAUAGUACUCCUAUGAAGGAUUUCCAUAGUUGGUCUGAUACCGAUCAUUUAAUUCACUUGCCUACUAUGGGGAAUCCUUUUACUUGGAGCAAUGGUAGGUUGGGCCGUAAGCAUUCUGAGAAAAGGCUCGAUAGAGCUGUCUGUAAUUUCCAUUGGAUCGAUACUUGCUCCUCAACAUCCUGCCAUACUCUUGUCAAAAACAAGUCUGAUCACUAUCCCCUGCUUCUAAACUUCGAGUAUAAUGAUCCUAAAGUCACAUCUAAUUUUAAAUUCAUGAAUAUGUGGACCCUUCACAAAGAUUGCUUGAAUCUCGUUUCUCAAACAUGGCAUUCCAAAGUGUAUGGUUGUCACGUGUAUGUUUUAGACAAAAAUCUGAGGAUUCUUAAAGCUAAUCUAAAAGAGUGGAACAAAAACAGUUUUGGUAAUGUGCAGGAAAAAGUUAAAAUUGCUGAAGACAACCUUAUCAAAAUUCAGGACACCCUCGCUAGUCAGGGGUACUCUGAAGUUCUGCAACAUCAAGAGAAGGAGCCGCAGGAAGCUCUCAAUGAAGCCCUUGAUAUAGAAGAGGCUUUUUGGAAGGAGAAAGCCAGAGUCAACUGGUGCACUAAUGGCGACAGGAAAUUUGGUUGUGAUGAGAAAACUAUCAAAGCGGUUUGUGUACAAAAUUCAGUACAAAGGGAUCAGCUAGGAGGCAGUGAUAUAUAUGAAACAGUUCGUUCUGAAGUUAGGCGGGCUAUUUCUGAGAUUCAGAUUGACCUCGAAAGUGCUAUUCAAGUGAGUAACGCUACAGCCGUUACUGUCACCGAUAUGGCUGAUAUUCAUCCUGACUUGCUAAGCCCUGGUACAAUAGAAUUAGCAUUGGAGACUAGAAGAGAGUAUACCAAAAAGCUUGAAGAGAACUUGUCAUAUUUACAGGCCAAAGAGCGAGCUAGACGUCUUAGAGCAGAUCUGGCAGUUGAAGAACAUCGAGUGCGAGAACUGGAUAGAAUCUUGAGAGAAGUUCUUCCAUAUCCCAAGACUCCUAAUAUACCAAAGUCUCGUCCAUCAAGAAAAUCUAGCAUUGAAAGAAAAAGGAUGUCGAAACGUCUUGCAGAAGAUGCCAAGGCUUAUUUUGACGAGUGUGUAUCACUAUCAACAUUCGAUAGUUCGGACUUUUCAUCUCAAGAGGAUCCUCCGCUCAGUAUGGUUGGUCCACCUACUCCAUCUCGUUUAACCGAGCAAUCCGGCACUCGAGAACAAUCACACCAUAUCCAUUAUGACACAAUGCAGCCACCAGCCAGCAUUGAUUCCGAGGAAGCUAUCCAUGAACAAGUCAGCUCAACUGCUGAUAGCAAAGAAACUGACUCUAAAUACUGCUUCUCCUUUGCACAGAAACCAUCUGAAGGCACUACAGCUCAACAAGAUAUCCAACAAUACAUAAAAAAGUUUGAAAAAAGUGUUUCAAAGUUGCCAAGUAUGAGAUCAAGUUAUGGUGACAUGUGUGACUAUAGUUUCCAAUCAUCAGCUGAGAGCUUGUUGAUUGACAGGGUGAUGCUAAGAAGUAGAAUUGAAUCUGGUAGGUUUUUACUCUGUGGUGGUGGUAACUUUUGGUCACCUUGA